AGAUUGGUCGGUCAUAGUCCAUCUUUAUCCAAAGUUAGUAGUACAGGUUAGGAGCAACGUAGCGCUAAAUUGUGUUGACAGUGUCAACGUGUCGUACUCAUCAUUUUCUGCUGUUCUUGUCCUCUGAUUUUUACCGAUGUACCGGAUACGUGCGUCUACAUUUAACUUCAGACAAUGUUUUGACCGGUGAAUAUCGUAGACAUUGUGCAUGCGGUUCUGUUGACAUCUGGAUGUCUCUUUUGCAAAGGUAAUCAUGUCUAAACCGAAGACGAUUUCACGUAACCUCAAUCAAUGGGAUCAGUGUGAUGACCCGCUGGCCCCGUUGACAGAAUGUCAGAAAGAUAGCCUGUCAAAUUUAGAAACCAUCAUUACUUCGUAUUACCCAUCAUGGAAUCCGCAAACUAAUUUAAUUAAUAGCGAUGAUGAGAAGGUGCAGCAAGACUCGCAGAAGGAUGCCCUUCCUGUAGAGAGGUAUCAAGAGUUACUUCAACAUUACUUGUCUUUGGAGAGGAAGUACGUGUCCACGUAUGACAUGAAGUACAAUUUGUAUCUCAACGAGCUGAAGUCGAGGAGAACUGAGUGCGAGGAGGUUUGUUCUCAGAUAGAGGAGGCACUGAAUGACUUCUCCAUGUUGUACAAACAGUAUACCGAGGUAUCUGGCAAGACUACCUCUCUGUACGAGGCCAGUGAGCAGCUAAUCUCCGACCAAAAGCAGCUGAAUGCAACAAUCGACAGCAUCACGGAAUACGUCAGGUACUUCAAGGAGAUCGACGUAAUCACGGAGAAGCUGGAUGCCCCCACCUUGUCGAUCAACAGUGAAAUGUUCUUCAAUAUAUUAGACAAGAUCGACACAAACAUAAAUUUCAUGCAGAACAAUUCGUCGUACAAUGAAAGUGGCGUUUACCUCAUACGAUACAGACAUUGCCAAUCGAAGGCGAUCGCCUUGAUACAGAAUUAUAUUUUUAAUCUGUUCUCCAAGACCACAGAGAGCAUCUUGAACCUGAAAGACAGCGAGGGUACACCAGAGAACGCAGACGCGGCCUUAGCUUUGUUCUACGGCAGAUUUCAGACGAUCUUGUCCAAGACCAAGCCAGUUAUCGAGCAAAUUGAGGCCAAGUCGUACAAGAGGCAAGAAUAUGACAGUUUAUUGCUCGAAUGCCAUCAGCACUACUGGAGUCAGCGAGGCUUGGUGUUAGGCGCGAGCAUACAAAAGUCCCUGAACUCGGUAAGAGAAAAAUACAAUGGCGACCACUGCAGUCUGGUGCGGCACUCGUGUGCGCUGCUUUUGCACGCGUCGAUAGACGAACACCGGCUGUUCUACGAGUUUUUUUCCAAACAGUCGAGCGGAUUGACCGCGUAUCUGGAGAGCCUGUGCACCUCUCUGUACGACGCUCUGAGACCCUUCAUAAUACACAUCAACCAUCUCGAGACGUUGGCGGAGAUCUGCUGUAUCCUACGGAUAGAGAUGUUGGACGAGCACGUGCAGAACAAUUUCGAGCCGUUGGAAGGCUUCGGCAACAUUUGCUUACAGCUGCUGCACGACGUUCAGGAGAGACUGGUGUUCCGUGCUCACCUAUAUCUGCAGUCCGACGUAUUGAAUUACAACCCGUCGGCGGGUGACUUGGCGUACCCGGAGAAGCUGAAGAUGAUGGAAGACAUCGCCGAAUCGAUCAGGGAGGAGACUCGCCAGACUCGCAUGAAGAAGAUCUCGGUGUCGUCCACUGACAGCUCCGCCCUGGAACCGGUCUCCCGCAAUCAUAUAGUCAUUGAUUCCAUCUACCAAAAGACACACAUGGGCAAUUCCCCGGCGGACUUGCACGGCAUGUGGUAUCCUACGGUCCGCAGGACUCUAGUGUGCCUAUCGAGGCUCUACCGUUGCGUGGACAGAUCGGUGUUCCAGUCGUUGAGUCAGGAGGCCAUUUCUCUCUGCGUCCAGAGCAUAGAAAACGCCAGACAGGAGAUCGAGAAGAGAGCGAGCACCUUGGACGCGGAAUUGUUCCAGAUCAAACACUUGUUGAUUCUCCGCGAGCAGAUUGCUCCCUUCCAAGUUGACUUCACCAUCAAGGAGUACAGCUUGGACUUCUCUAAAGUGAAGACAGCUGCGUUCGGGCUGCUGGAGAAGAGCUCCCGGCUGUUCACCUUGUCGAAUAACGCGUUACUGCAGUUUCUCUUGGAAGGCGCGCCUCAGAUGAAGGAGCAGCUCAUCGACUCGAGGAAGCACGUAGACGCGAAGUUGAAAUUUACGUGCCAGCGGUUGAUACAGCACGCGACUUACCUGCUGAUUUACCCUGUCAUUAAGUUACUGGAGAAGGACAAGUUGUACAACGCGAAUUCAGGCCAGGAAGACGCACUCGGAAGUGCGCAGGAAGUGGCGACCAUAGUAGCGGAUGUCUUGAGGAUAAUCAAGUUCAAGUGUCCCGAAAUACAGCAGUCGAUGCAGCUGUACCUGGCUAACAAGGAAACCGAGUUCAUUCUGUUUAAACCGGUGAAGAACAACAUUUGCGCCGCUUUUACGCAGUUGCAUCAAGUGUUGACCAAGUAUUACAACGCGGAAGACCUCCAGUUGAUCGCGUGUCCGUUGCCGGAACAGAUUUCCGUUAUGUUGAGCUCGACAACGCUGACUCAGGGCAAGUCGAAUCGAGACGCGCAGUCCACCUUAAAGAAAUCGCAAUCGAUUACUAAACAAGAUGUUUAAAUUGUGAAGUUCCGGAGUUCAUCGUUGCAUCUUUCCAAGUUGAAUUAUCGAUUUCGUAUUGUCAGUAUAAAAUGAGUAGUUUUCGAAUAGUCGGUCGUUCAAAACCAACAAUCGCGAAUAUCCACCAUUUGACUUUUUUGCAGCAGUUAACUUUGUACGAAUUGAUUUGGUUUCUUUAUUUUUCAAAAAUGGUAUAUGUAUUAAUCGUGUGAUGUUCAUAAUUCAUUCGGAAAUAUGGCAAAUUCGAAUAAUUCGCGCGGAUGACGCUCGAAUAUCCGGUUACUGAGAUAUCGAUAGCAAUUUAGAGUGGAAGAGGUAAAAUGUUAAGUAGAAUACUAGUUGUAAUUGUACAAAACAUUGCACUCAUGAUGAAAGUUUCCCAACGAUCGAUGUAGAUGUACCCAUGUAAAAAAGAAAAAAACAAUUUUAAUUCUUUUAUCAUACAUAAAUAAUUUAA